GGACCAGUUUGCCUGGACAAAAUCUCAAGCGUUGUACUACAUGGGUGUAGUUAUGAGUGUUGGAGCAGUAGUUGCCUGUAUUACUUUUGCUGCCAUUGGACCACUUUGCAAAGUAUUUGAAGAGCGCAAAGUUUUGCUAUGGGGUGGUUUCUUCCUCAUGGUCCUUGGACGAGCUGUGUAUUUACCAUAUUCAAGCCAAAAAUUACAAAUCAUGGAUGAAAAUUUGGAGUAUGAUGACUUUUAUUCAAAUGACACACUUGUGAACUCAACUUAUGGUAUGAAUGCAACUGAUAGACCAGAGCCUGUGGGUUGUCCUCGAGACCAAGAAUGGUGCCUCUACACACCAGCUAUGACCAUAGGACAGUUUAUAUUCGGAUAUGCCUUAACAGCUGUCGGAUAUCCUAUUGGUGUCACUUUGAUUCAAGCCAUUUUUUCAAAGAUUUUGGGACCAAGACCACAGGGUGUCUGGAUGGGCCUUAUGACAGGUUCAGGUUGCCUUUCACGAGUCCUGGGACCAGUUUUUGUAAGCGUUGUCUACACAAGAUUUGGCACAAUUUGGACAUUUUCCUUGACAACUGCUAUGAUGGCAUUGGCAAUGAUAGGUUUGGCAAUAGUAAAAGACAAGCUGGUUACUCCCACAUUCGAAAAGGCUGAUCAGAAUGAUGUAGAAAAGUUAUCAAAAAAUGUAGAUGAUGAUGUUGCCAAAACAAAUCACGUUUCAAAUAACCAUGAGAACAACACUGUUGAAAGUGUUCCUUUAAAAGAGACUAUCAGUAACGAAGUAAAUGAAAAAGGUGAUUCGAGUAGUUAAUGAUACUUGUAUGUAAAUAAUGUGAAUGGGUGAUAAAAUGAUAUUUUAGUAACUUGAUAUAGAUAUCUAUUUGCAUUUAAACU